AUUCAGAAGAAUAAAGUGCUACAUUCCCCAUUGUUAAUUUGACAUACAAUUUGACAUAUGUGUGAAAUUAUACCCAUCACACACCUCCUAUUGUAGAAUACCGUGUGUCAAUCAAACUCACGUGCUCCACCCCUGUGCAACAAUACUCUUUGCUUUUGGACUUUUAAUGUCCUGAGUUCAGUCUUUCAGUUAAGCUGUUACCCUGGUUAUGUAGUGGACUUGACACGCUCCCGCAAACUGGGCGACAGCCGAUAUGUAUGAUGAAGGCCAACGCAGGGUUCUUGUGACGGUAGCGAGACACGAGAAGCCUGAGGGAAAUAACAUCCUGCAAGACAAUACUCGGGGAGGAUAAUGUCAAGACAUUCCACUUUCCCAGGAUGCACUGCGCGUUUGUAAUGUUUGGCAGUUUUGCGCGAUAAAUCAUUUCAUUGGCGUUAAGUUCAUAGAUAUAAACAUGGUAUUUGCAGUUUAACCGACGUGUAAAUUGAGCAUCAGAAGUUUGCCUCCUGAAAUAGCCUAAAGCAGAGAGUAACCGUUGUAACCUGUGGUUGUAACCUAACUAAGGCAACCACCAUCAACUUGUUUAGCGGGAUAAUAAACGUAAAGCAGCACCUAAGAGCACCUUGUCUUGUUUACAAGUUUUGUCUUCCAGUGACAGCUUCUCUUUUGAACAUGGAGAGACAUAAUGUCGGAAAAGAAAGGUUUAUAGUUCCCGAUGAUUUUACGUCAUCCACGGUUUCAAGGAAUCUCCAGGAGGACCUGGUACCACCAUCGCAUUUUGCAUCCAGUGUGCAGUCUGCUGGAGCACACAGAGGCGUUCAAGUCGCAGGGACACCGCCACCCAUCUCCUGGAUAAACCCAGGCCUAACUUCAUCACAACCAGGGGAUCCCAGUCCCACCAAUCCAUGGCUCGCCAUCACACAGGCCCAACAGGAAAUCUUGGAACUGAGGAGGGAAAAUCAGAGGAUCACGAUGUUACAAGGAGACCGCAUAAGAGGAAGGAACCCUGUGGAUCACGAGUCAUACCUUAGGGUCAGAUGUGCAGAGAGAAGAGAGCAGUGGUCCAGAUGGGAGACUGAGUGGCGUCUGGAGGCAGAGAAGCACAAGGCCGAAGCUGAGAGGUUAAAGGGUCAGGUGGAGGCGCUGAAGGAGACUGCAGGGAGACACAGGGAAGAGAUGAGAGACAGCUCCCUGAACAGACCGAGCCACGAAUUGGAAGCAAUGCGGGAAGAGCUAUGUCGGGCUAAGACUGAACUCAGCCAAAUCAGGAGGGAGCUCACUCACAGCAGUGCACAGAAGGAGAAAAUAAGCUCACAGCUUGAAAGACUAAAGAAUGAGUCUGGGGAAGAAAUUACCGAGCUGAGAAGAGAUGUAAUGAGGAGCAAAGAGGAAGCCCAGGAGCUCACCCUAAAGGCUCAAACGGGCAGGUCACAGAUUCUUACACUGUCUGUACAAUUGGAGGAAAUGCAGAAGAAGCACGAGGUGCAGCUGCUACAGUUGCAUGCUUCCCAUUGUGCAGAGGUGGGUGCAGCGAGAAACACAAACGGGGAACUACAGGACAGACUUCAAUCGAUGACCACAGAAGUGCUGCAGCUGAAAAGCACGUUGGUGGAGGUAUCUGCUGAGAGAGAUGGGCUGAAAGAACAUUUAAGCCAAAUGGGACAAGCUUUUGAGACACAAUCAGCUACACUGCACAGCCUCAGAAAUUACAUCGGCCAGCUUGCCCCGGAGAAAGGAGAGAAGGAACAAUUAAAUGAGGCAGUUCAGAGGUUGAACAGAGAGAAAGCCGCUCUUCAGACGACCGCAGAGCUUUUGACUGUCAGGUUUAACUCUGUGAGUGAGAUACUCGCCCUCCAAGAAGAGAAAAUAGUGAAGAAGGCCUCCACAGACCCGCUUGUGAGGACUGAAUCUGAAGGCCUUCAAGUGCUUCGGCUCUGGAGAGACAAAGUGUUUAAGUUGUGCGUCCAGCUUCGCUCCAAGGACAUUGAACUAAGAGGAGAAAAGGAUAAAGUUCUUUCAAAAGUCAAACUCCUUGAGCAGCAGCUCCAGCAGGAGCAGCACCGCGCUAGUGUGCUCCAACACGGUCUAGAUGACAGGAUCGCUGAGCUGGACCUGGAGAGGGUGGGAAAGGAGACAUUGAAACAGGACUUGGCCCAGACGCAACGAGAAAAGUCACAGCUAAAGUCCCACAGCGAGAGAGAAGAGGCUGAACGAAAAGUCCUGACGGAGGCAGUUCGGAGGUUUAGUUUGGCAUUUGAAAGCAAGGUGGCAGAAAUGGACGCAGCUCAAGCAAGACUCAACACUCUCACCCAGAGGCUAACGUUUGCUAAAAGACGAGUGGAGACAAUACAAGGUUUGACCAUGAGGAGGGUGGCCCUGCAGAAAGCUAAGCAGGCCAGUAAACAGACGGAGGAAACUGCUGACAGCAUCACAAACCUUCAGACAGAGCUCAGUGCGGUGUGCGAGGAGAGAGACGAGCUCACACAGGAGCUCAAAAGAAGCCCGGAGCUCAUCCAGAAAGCUCUGGCUGAUCUGAAAGAACAGUAUGAAGGCAAACUCAGGAGGCGGGGGCAGCAGCAGCAGGAGCAGAGCCGGGUGGAGGUGCAGCAGGCUUCUGCUGGCAGAGAGGAGGCCGAGCGCAGCCUGCAGCAGAUCCAGGCCCAGCUGGAGGAGAGCGAGGUCAACCUGGAGAAACUCCGCUCUGAGCUGCUCAGCCAGCAGGAGCACAGCGAACGCGCCCUGCAGGAGAGAGUGUCUGAGAUCGAGGACUGCUGUGCUGAGAAGCUGAGAGAGAUGGAGCUUCAAGUCAAUACUGCCAAGAGAGCGCACACCAAAGCAGUUAUGACUUUGCGGCAGUUUGAGAGAGAGGCGGCAAGGAAACGGGACAGAAUGACAGGAACCCAACAACACACAAAGAGGGAAGUCCAGAAUACACAACUGAAGGAGACGGCGAAAGACACACAACCACUGCUGGCCACUGUCACUGCUGAGAGAGGGUUGACCAGUGAGUAUACAAGAGCUCACGCAGCAGCCAGAGAACAUCGAAAAAGACCCUCAGAGAGGAGUCAUUCUGGGGUACCUGCAGACGGGAGACUCCUGUCUGUUCUGGAGGAGCUCCAUUCUCUUAGUGCUGCUGUGGUAAACAGCUCUGAGGACUCUGCGGAGGAGGAAGAGAGGGACAGAAUGACAGCGUGGGACCAUCAACCGCACAGCUGA